AUGGUUUACUGGAAUCAAAGCAGUGAUUGCUGUCAAUGGAAUGGAGUAACAUGCAGCAAGGGCGAUGUCAUUGGUCUUGACUUGAGUCAGGAAUUUAUUUUUGGAGGACUAGAUUAUUCCAGUCUCUUUGAACUGGAAUAUUUGCAGAGGUUGAAUCUGGCUUACAAUCAUUUCAAUUCUUCCAUUCCUGUCAACUUUGGCAAGCUAAAGAGUUUGAGGUACUUGAAUUUAUCAAAUGCUGGAUUUCAUGGCCAGAUUCCAGGUGAGAUUUCUCAUCUGACAGAUUUGACAACACUUGACUUGUCAACACCACUUACCUCACAACCUAUUCUUAAACUCCAGAAUCCAAAUAUUGCAAUGUUUUUGCAGAAUCUUGAAAACAUCACAGAACUAUACCUUGACGGUGUAAAGGUAUCUGCUGAGGGAAAAGAGUGGUGUCAUGCUCUAUCUUCCCUUCAAAAUCUUCAAGUGUUGAGUAUGUCAUCAUGCAAUAUCUCUGGACCAAUUGAUUCUUCGCUAGCAACACUUGAGAAACUCUCAAUAAUUAGACUGAGUCUGAAUAACAUCUCAAGUUCGGUGCCAGAAUUCUUUGCAAAUUUCUCCAAUUUGAAUGUCUUAGAGAUCAGCAGUUGCUCAUUGACUGGUCUUUUUCCAAACGGCAUCUUUCAACUAAAAACCCUAAAGGUUUUUGAUAUAUCAAACAACAGGGAUCUUCAUGGAGUUUUGCCAAACUUCUUACCAGAUGCCGCUUUUCACAGCAUGAAUCUUAGUAAUACAAAUUUCUCUGGUAAGUUACCAGGUUCUAUUUCAAAUCUCACUCAGCUUGUUCAUUUGGACUUAUCUUUUAAUAGGUUUACUGGUCCUCUUCCAUCUUUCAAGAUGGUAAAAAAUCUCAGAUAUUUAUCAAUCUUGCACAAUAAUCUGACAGGAGUUAUCACUACAACUCAUUUUGAGGGACUGGAAAAUCUCCUCAGUAUCGAUUUAGGAGAUAACUACCUUAGUGGAAACAUUCCCAUGUCUCUUUUUACACUUUUAUCUUUGCAAGAGCUUACACUUUCUCGUAAUGGACUUGAUGGUUUAUUAGAUGAAUUUCCAAAUGCUUCUUCUUCAAAAUUAGAAUUGAUUGACUUGAGCAGCAAUAGUUUGAGUGGCCCUAUUCCCGCAUCUAUCUUCCAUAUUAAAGGACUUCGUUUCCUACAACUUUCUGACAAUGAUUUCAAUGGCACCAUAAGGCUUGAUAUGGUUCAAAGGCUUCAAAAUUUGCAUACAUUAGGUCUUUCUAACAACAAAUUAUCAGUUAAUGUAACUCUUAAUGAUGAUCAUCUCAUUUCAUCCUUUCCCAGCAUGAAAUAUUUAUUGUUGGGUUCUUGCAAUUUAGGAGAAUUUCCGGGGUUCUUGAGAAACCAAACACAAAUAAAUGCUUUAGACCUAUCCAACAACCAGAUUCAAGGAGAAAUACCAAACUGGAUCUGGAGAUUUAAAUCUCUGGUUUAUUUAAAUCUUUCCAACAAUUUUCUCACAAAUAUGGAAGGACCCUUUGAUGAUCUGAAUUCCAACCUAUACAUCCUUGAUCUUCAUUCCAAUCAACUCACUGGAUCAGUUCCCACUUUCACAAAAUAUGUGAAUCAUUUGGACUACUCAAACAAUAAAUUCAGCACUGUCCCACUCAACAUAGAUAAGUAUGUUCCUUUUGUAUACUUUCUCUCCCUUUCAAAUAACAACAUCCAAGGAAAAAUCCCUGAGUCCUUUUGUAAUCUGUCUUCUCUCCGGUUACUUGAUCUUUCUUAUAAUCGUUUCAAUGGCCUCAUCCCCAAGUGCUUGAUGAGAAGGAACAGUACCCUCCGAGUACUAAAUCUUUCUCAAAACAAACUCCAGGGAUAUGUUUCUGACACCAUUUCAAGUUCAUGCAGUUUAAUAUUCCUUAAUCUCAAUGGAAAUCUCUUGGAAGGUGUUAUCCCAAACACUCUUGCGAAUUGCAAGAAUCUACAAGUCUUAAAUCUUGGAAACAAUAUGUUUGAUGAUAGAUUUCCUUGCUUCUUAAUGAAAAUUUCCAUCCUGAGAGUGCUGAUUUUGAGGUCAAACAAACUCAAUGGUCCUAUAGAAUGCCCACAUAGCACUAACAAUUGGGAGAUGCUUCACAUUAUUGAUCUAGCCUCCAAUAAUUUCACUGGUAUUCUCCCUGGACCAGUUUUGAGAAGCUUGAAACAAAUGAUGCUAUCUGAGACCAAACCCCAAGAGAAGUACGAGAAUCUAUAUUUUGAUAUGUUUGAUAAUCAUGACAUUGUGCUUUACAAUAGUUUGUUGUCGAAUAUCAACAAAUUGCAAGUAAUAAAAUUGCACAAAUUGUUGGAGACUGAACCUUACGAUGUUGUUGUCCACCUAGCUAAUUAUUAUCGCUUUACUAACGAAAAUGGCGGUCGCUACAUGGAUUCAGUUACAGUUGUGUACAAAGCUUUGCAAAUGGAGUUGACCAAAAUUCCCACUAUAUUCGCUUCCUUGGAUCUCUCCUCCAACCAUUUUGAAGGUCCAAUACCUCAAGAACUAGUGAGUUUGAGAGCGCUGAAUGUUCUUAACUUGUCACAUAAUAUUUUUUCAGGCCACAUCCCCUUAUCAAUCGGAGAUUUGAAGAAUAUAGAAUCCUUGGACUUGUCAAACAAUAGUUUGAGCGGAAAAAUCCCUUCUGAGCUAGCUGGUUUAAACUUUCUAGCAUACUUGAAUCUCUCAUUUAACCAUUUGUGGGGGGAAAUUCCCACAGGUACUCAAAUACAAACAUUUGAUCCAAGUUCUUUUGAAGGCAAUGAAGGAUUAUGUGGGCCACCACUAAGAGAUUGCAGCAGUGUUAGGGGGGGACAUUCAUCUCCAACACCAGCAUAUGAAAUGCAUGGAUCAAUUGACUGGAGUUUCUUAAGUGUAGAACUGGGAUUUAUCUUUGGCUUCGGAAUUGUUCUCCUCCCCCUUAUUUUGUUUGAGUGCUGGAGGGUUUUGUAUUGGAAGCAUGUCGAUGACCUACUUUACAUGUUUGUUCCUCAACUUGGUUUCCUUUAUGAACACCAUAAAGGACAAAGGUACAGGUCUUUAAGGUGGACUGGAUAG